UUCUCCCAGUUGUGACGUUAGAUCGAGUUAGCAGCCAUCCUGUUGUUGCGUCACUAUCGGACCUUCGAGGACCCCACUUCCAUAUGGCAAGCCUUGUACAUAUAUAAGACGAGAGACCGGCAUGGCGGAGAACGGCAUCAAGCUGCUGGUAUCCCUCAAAAGCCCUAGUAUAGCUCACAUACGGCAAAAGUUUUUACUGUUUAAUCAUAGUCUGCACAUUUGCUAAAUAAUCUUUUAUCGACAAUCAACAUGGCACCAUCAACCACCAAGGCAUGGACUGUCCAAGGAAAGGACGGCUUCGAGUCUCUCAAGUUUAACGAGCAGGCCAAGGUACCUGAGAUUGGCGACAAAGAUGUCCUCGUCAAGAUCCAUGCUGCGUCUCUCAACUACCGUGAUCUCGUCAUCCCCAAGGGCAAAUACCCCUUCCCCAUGAGAGACAACGUUAUUCCUGGCUCAGAUGGCGCUGGUACCGUAGAAGCUGUUGGCAAGCACGUCACACGCUUCCAGCCUGGAGACAAGGUAGUCACUCUCUUCAACCAGGGCCACAUCGCCGGCUCUCUCGACGCACAAUCCCUCGGUACCGGUCUCGGUGGCGCCAUAGACGGCACUCUGCGGGAGCACGGCGUCUUCGACGAGGCAGGCCUCGUCAAGGCCCCCUCCAACCUCAACAUGCUCGAAGCCUCGACCCUAUCCUGCGCAGCUCUCACAGCCUGGAAUGCCCUCUACGGCAUCGAGUCGCGCGCCCUCAAGCCCGGCGAAACAGUCCUCACCCAAGGCACCGGCGGCGUCAGCAUCUUCGCCCUGCAAUUCGCAAAGGCAGCCGGCGCAAAAGUCAUUGCUACCACCAGUUCCGCCAGCAAGGCCGAACUCCUCAAGAAGUACGGCGCAGACCACGUCAUCAACUACAAGGAGACGCCAAACUGGGGCGAGGAAGCUGCAAAGCUUACUCCUGGUGGUGCGGGUGUCCAGCACGUAGUCGAAGUUGGUGGCCCAACCACAAUGGCACAGUCGCUCAAGGCCGUUGCCAUUGACGGCAUCAUCACUAUCAUUGGCUUCAUUGGUGGCUUCGAAAAGAACCAGCCUACGUUCCUCGAAUGCUUGAACAACAUUUGCACCGUCCGCGGUAUCCUUGUCGGCUCACGACUGCAAAUGGAGGAUAUGUGCCGCGCCAUUGAGGCGAAUGACAUUCACCCUAUCGUCGAUGAGAAGGUGUUUGAGCUCAAGGAUCUCAAGGAGGCAUACCAGUACAUGUGGGACCAGAAGCACUUUGGUAAGCUUACUGUCAAGGUUGCUGCGUAAAAUAUAGUAUGUAAUCAACUGCACACGAGUGAUGCCAUGUGUAUAUAUGCCUUUAAUGAAUAUAAUUUAGCCGUUCGAGCAAUGCUUCCAUUUCCAUGUCAAUCGCUAU